CACAUUUUUUCUCCGUUUUCAGACGGAGAAAUUGUUAAAGAAGCAAUGAUGAUAAUUGCUAACACUGUACUUAAAGACGAGAAAAAUGGAACCGAUCUAAUCUCCACUCUCUCCAAUGUCCAACUGGGGGCAUCUACGAUGACUUGACGAGUGUCAGCUAUGUCUGGUAACUUGGCUGAUCAGCUGGACCGAGAUCUGGUGAAGUGCAAGUGGUUUAGCAUUCAGUGCGACGAGUCCGUGGAUGGCAGCAGUACAGCGCAGCUGUUGGUUUUUAUCCGGAUGGUGUUUGAAGAUUUCUCCACAAGAGAAGAACUCCUGACACUACUGCCAUUAAAGACAACUACGAGGGGAGUUGACAUUUAUAACACAGUGAAGGAGUUUUUCGUGCAGAAAAAGGUACCAUUGGAAAAGCUGGUAGCGGUAACUACAGACGGGGCUCCUGCUAUGAUCGGCCGACAAGCAGGUUUCAUCGCUCACUGUAAAGCUGACAAAGACUUCCCAAAAUUUCUGCAUUACCACUGCAUCAUUCACCAGCAGGCGUUAUGUGCAAAAGUUAUCGGCUUUGGGCACGUGAUGACUCCCGUUGUGAAAAUCAUAAACAACAUCCGCUCCAAAGCAAAACAGCACAGGAUUUUCAAGGUGCUAAUGGAGGAGAUGUCAGCUGAAUAUGGUGACCUGCUGCUACACACAGAAAUCCGAUGGCUCAGCAGAGGACGAGUUUUACAUCGUUUUUUGUCACUUUUGGGUGAAAUCAAAGAGUUCAUGCAGUCCAAAGGUGAAGACGUGUCACUGCUAGAGGACACAGAGUGGACACUUGACCUUGCAUUUUUGACGGACAUUACUGGGAAACUAAACCACUUCAACUGCGAGCUGCAAGGCAAAGGCAAGACUGUUGUUGACAUGAUAAGUGCUUUAAAUGCAUUUAAAGCCAAGAUGAACAUUUUCUCUGUGGAUUUACAGAGAAAAAAAGUUCUGCACUUUCCCGCUGUGCAGUCGGUGCUGAAAGACAAUGCUUCUGCAGCUGAGACAUUUAAGAAAGUGGCAGAAAAGUACUGUGAAGUCAUAAACAGACUUGGGCAAGAGUUUGAGAACAGGUUUUGUGACCUUGAUCAACUUGAGCCAUGUGUGUCAUUCAUUUCCAAUCCUUUCAUGAAUGUGGACACAACACGCUUUGCUGAGCAACUAAGUACAACGUUCAGCAUGGAUGCUGGACAGGUGGAGAGCAAAAUGACCUCCACCUCAAAGCCUACCAGGCUGCACCAAACUUUUGGUGCCUUGUUGACACAGAGAAGUACAGUGGUGUAUGCACAGCAGCUAUGAAGGUUGCCAGCAUGUUUGGUUCAACCUAUCUCUGUGAAUCAGCGUUUUCUGACAUGAACUUCAUCAAGAACAAACACAGAACAUGCCUCACUGAUGCACAUCUGAAAGACUCACUCACAGUUGCAGUAUCAGGUUACACACCAGAUUACAAUACACUGGUGAACAGCAUGCAAUGUCAGAUUUCCCACUAACUAAGAAACAGAUACCAGAUGUUGUCAGUGGCAACAUGGCAGUGCCAUGGCAAAGUUGAAUUAAAAUUUUGAAGAAUUGUGUUCAAUUUAAGUGUGUUGAUGACAUGUAGCAGUUAAAAUUUUGUUAAAAAUGACACAGAUUUGGUCAUUAAUUCAAAAUGUGACAAGAUUUCUUUAAAAAUAUGUAAGUUGUUUUUUCUUUAACAUUACAUAAUUGAUACAUUGUGCAGCAUAAUGAAAAUGGGACAUUUUUCCUAUGGAAUCUAAGUGAUCAUCUGAAAAUUUAACAAUUAAUGAGAUUAUUAAAGUGCUGAAUAUUGAUAUAUUUCCCACCUUGUUGUCAUUGUUGAUAAUUAUUGUGAGAAAUCAUUAACGUGAUCAGUGUCUUCACAUAGAUGAGUAUCAUUAAUCAUUAUUGAUAAUGUAUAACUAAAGGCAAACUGAGCAAAUGUGUAAUUUCAUUAGAGCCUAUCAAACUGGUAGCCCUUCGUAUGACUCAGUACCCAUGAAGUAGCUCUCAGUUUCAAAAAGGUUGGUGACCCCUGUUGUAGAUGAUGAAGAACGUGAUGUCUGUCAUAUUGUAGAUGAUGAAGAACGUGAUGUCUGUCAUAUUGUAGAUGAUGAAGAACGUGAUGUCUGUCAUAUUGUAGAUGAUGAAGAACGUGAUGUCUGUCAUA